AUGGACUUGAACGUGGACCUCGGGCCCGAGCCCAUCGACGAGCACUCUGGGCGCAUUCUCGAUGGGCUGCGCAUCCAGCAGGACAGGAACAGCGAGUUGUGCGAUUUGGAGCUCAUCGUCGGCGGGCAGUCGUUCAUGGCACACCGGGGCGUGCUCGCCGCGGUGAGCUGCAGCUUUCACUCGUGCUUGACCAAGCUCGGCUCCACCGAAGGCUACGAGGCGAAGCCCCUCACCCUGAAGCUUGACGACAUAUCCCACCCAGAGGCCGUGAAGGCGAUGCUGGACUGCAUCUACCGCCCGAGCGCAGAGUACGCGCCAAGCUGCGAGGACGCUAAUCGCGACGUGCUUCGCUUGGCGCAGCGCUUCCGCAUUGCUCAGCUGCAAGACUUGGCUUGCCGCUGGUUGACCACAGGUCUAAGCACUGCCAAUGUGUUCGAGCGCCUCCUGACCUGCGAGACCUUCUCCCUCGUCGAGGCCCGCGAGCAGAUCCUUCAGCUGCUCACGAGCAACCCGGAGACGCUGCUGGAGCUGGCCAAGGACCCGGAGAUCCUGAAGGUGCCGGCCGUGAUGCAGGACUUGCUGAUCAGGACCUACAACCUGCUGGGCGUGGGGUCCAAGGCGGAGGCGGCCGGCGCGGAGUCCAGGGCGGAGGCCAAGCCGCAGGCCGCGGCGGCGAGCGCGCCUCCCGCCCGCCAGGGCCGGCCCGGCAGGAAGGCCGGGGCGUGA